GAUGAACAUGGGAUGUUGUCAAAGCUCGGAGGAAAAGGAGGCCGCUUGGCGUUCUCGUAGAAUCGACCGACACCUGCGCUCUGAGAGUCAGCGGCAAUGCCGUGAGAUCAAGCUUCUUCUCCUUGGCACCAGCAAUUCAGGAAAAAGCACUAUAGUGAAGCAUAUGAAGAUAAUCCACAAUGGUGGCUUUAACUUGGAGGCCUGCAUGGAGUACAAGCCCUUGACUCCCUGACAAGAAUCAUAAGAGCCCUGGCAACCCUCAAAUUUGAGAUUCACAACCCUGACAGAGCCUAUGAUGCUGUUUGCACUGACUGGUCCUGCUGAGAGCAAAGGGGUUCGUGAAGAGGCUCUGGGGUUGACCCAGGUUUCCAAGAGUGCUUCUGUUGCUCCAAUGAAUGCCACUUGGAGGAUAACACGGCUUACUAUCUUAAUGACCUUGAUCUCAUUUCUGCGGUUGACUAUAUCCCCAACCAUUGAAGACAUUCUCCAGUCCUGAGACAUGACAACUGGGAUCGUAGAAAACAAGUUUACCUUUAAAGAGCUGACAUUCAAAAUGGUAGACGUGGGUGGAUGGUGCUCCGAACGAAAAAGUGGGGUCACUGUUUUGAAGGGGUCAGUGGCUAUCACCUUAAGCUGUAUGCCGAUAAUCAAACGAGAAAAAGAAAAAGCUGCCAUUACCUGCAACAUCUAUAUGGAUGUGAAAGAGGAGACGUGCGAAGCUGACAUGACUAGUGUGGAGAAAAGGACCGUAAAUGUUAAGGAGGAGGACCAUGAAUGGGAGUCUGUCCACCCUAAACAGGAGAGUCUGGGCAUUAAGGAGGAGGAAUGCAAACAGGAGUCAGUGAUCAUUAAAGAAGAGGCUGAAGAGAAGUGUGUCAAUAAUGAGACACACAAAUAUAAAAUUAUGGAGGGUGUUAAGGAAGACCACCUUUGUUAUGGGUGUGAAGAUGGAAUAAUGACCAAUUUAGUCUCAUCUCAGAACAGAAACUCUUCAUCUCUGGAGUCUUCUAUCAAUGUGAAGUCUGAAAUAUUACAGUCUGACACCAAGAGGACAGAGGACAUUGCAUCAGUUAGAACUCAGGAAGAUCAGCCAACACCUGCAAAGAAGUCUGGAAGAAGAGACAAACAUCACUGCUGUUCUGAAUGUGGCAAGCAGUUCUGUUACAGUAGUCACCUUUGGAGGCACAUUAGAAUUCACACUGGAGAGAAGCCAUAUUGUUGUUCAGAAUGUGGUAAACAGUUUUUGCAAAGUACCCAUCUUCUGAGCCACAAUAGAAUUCACACCGGAGAGAAGCCCUAUUGCUGCUCUGAAUGUGGCAAACAAUUCUGUCAGAGGGGCGAUCUCCAGAGCCACAGAAGAAUUCACACUGGAGAGAAGCCAUAUUGUUGUAACGAAUGUGGCAAGCGUUUUGGCCACAGAAGUAAUCUUCAGAGCCACACAAAACUUCACACUGGAGACAAGAUCAAAAGAUGAAUGCAUAAUCAUGGUUGGACAAGACUGCGGCAUGUGCAAAAGUUGGCUAAGGACAUCGAUAGAAAACAAUUUUAUAACAGAGCUGGAGAUUUUCACACAUCUGGAUGCUGUGUGUAGGUUCCUGAUGGCUGCAAGUAACAACAAUUUUAUUAGACUAAUUUGCUGGGAAAUUUGUGUAAAAUAUGGUUUUAAUACACUAGAAAGACACUGGAACCACAAUCCAGACUGCAUAGUUAAUCACCAGCGACAAACCAAUAUGAAAUGAGAGGACAAGAGAUGCCAGGAUAUUAUCAAAGAAAAACAUUCCUGGAAAAAUGAAGUGUCCAGUCUAAGUGAUACUCGGUUCUCCAGGUGAAUUGUAAUUGACACUCCAGUUAUUUGUUCAAUAAUAAAGUGCAAAGAAAUGCAAUCAAAGAUAUGCCAGGUGUUGAAGAAAACAACAGAAUAGUGCCGGCCAUGCUGUGAUCUAUGGAGCUAAUAAGCAGAAACUGUCAGGUCCAUCUUGACAUCCUACUUAGUGCCGUAAUUCCAUAAGAACUGCAAAGGAAAGUGUUAUUGGGAAUAAUGGAGGUGUCUCAUGCUCUUGCUGCAGUCUCCAAAGAAUAAUAAAUGCAACAGUAGACCUGAAUGGUCAUGAGUUACUUUUGUCUGUAUAAGUAAGCACACCAAGAAAGCUUGGAGAAGAAAACUCUAAGAGAAACCCUAAAGUUGGUGGGUGAAGAAUGACAGAACAGAGGAACGAAUGAAAUAUAAAUCUCUAAGAUACUGAAAUCUUGAUGAGUACCAUCACAUGGUGGCCUUUUUUCUUACAAGAUCCAUCCCAAAUGUAAUCAAAAUGAAACUACUGUAAUGGUACAAAAAGGUAAUAUGUAUCACAGGAUAAAUAGGUGCCCACAAUAUGUCUCAACACUUGUGUAGGUGAUGGUGAUAGUACAACAUCUUCAAAUGAAGCAAAUAAAUCUCCAAUGUGGUGUGUCAGUCCAGAUGGAAAGUAUUGCUGGCCACACCAGAAUGGAACCAAUCAGACCAGAAAAGCACAACUUUUGCAAGAAUUUAAGAGGACUGGACUUGAAGAUGAAGAAAAAAAUGUGCACUGCCAGUUUCAUACAGCAAAACAGAAUUUCAACUUCCUAGAGCAGAGAUGCAUUAGGAAAUAUGCUGCCAUCCUGCUGCAGUCCCAUGUAAACCAGAAACUUACCUUUUAUGUGUUUGUGUGUGUGUCUUUUGUGGGUAUUGUCUUAUUGUACAUUAUAUUUUAUCUAGGA